AAAAAAGAAGGGACCCCUGCAGCAGACGGAUCCACCUUCGAUUCCUGUUGUUGAACUUUUCCCUUCUGGAGAAUUCCCUGAAGGUGAAAUCCAACAGUAUAAGGAUGAUAAUCUGUGGAGAGUAACAUCUGAAGAGAAAAGAGAAAUGGAUCGUCUUCAAAAGCCUAUAUAUAACUCUGUUCGCCAGGCAGCAGAAGUCCAUCGUCAGGUACGGAAAUAUAUCAGAAGCAUUUUGAAGCCGGGAAUGUUGAUGACUGAUCUUUGUGAAACCCUUGAGAACACAGUUCGUAAAUUGAUAUCGGAGAAUGGUUUGCAAGCUGGUAUUGCAUUCCCUACUGGAUGUUCCCUGAAUUGGGUUGCUGCUCAUUGGACACCAAACUCCGGAGAUAAGACCGUUCUUCAAUACGAUGAUGUUAUGAAAUUGGAUUUUGGAACACAUAUUGAUGGACACAUUGUUGACUGUGCAUUUACAGUUGCAUUCAAUCCUAUGUUUGAUCCCCUUUUAGCAGCCUCACGUGAAGCAACAUAUACCGGUAUCAAGGAAGCAGGGAUCGAUGUCCGUCUUUGUGAUGUUGGUGCUGCAAUUCAGGAGGUCAUGGAGUCAUAUGAGGUUGAAAUCAAUGGAAAGGUCUACCAAGUUAAAAGUAUCCGAAACUUGAACGGGCACAGCAUUGGACGCUAUCAGAUACAUGCUGGAAAAUCUGUUCCUAUUGUUAAAGGAGGCGAGCAGACAAAGAUGGAAGAGGGUGAAUUUUAUGCCAUUGAAACUUUUGGUUCAACGGGGAAAGGAUAUGUGAGAGAAGACCUGGAAUGCAGCCAUUACAUGAAGAAUUUCGAUGUUGGGCACAUCGGUUUGAGACUGCCGAGAGCAAAGCAGCUCCUCGCCACCAUCAACAAGAAUUUCUCCACUCUUGCCUUCUGCAGACGUUACCUCGACCGCCUGGGUGAAACCAAAUACUUGAUGGCUUUGAAGAAUCUCUGCGACUCUGGCAUAGUUGAGCCUUACCCUCCUCUGUGUGACGUGAAGGGAAGCUAUGUCUCGCAGUUUGAGCACACGAUUUUGCUUCGGCCGACAUGCAAAGAGGUUGUUUCCAAGGGCGACGACUACUAAGCGUUUACUUUUGUACACUAGUUUUCUGUUGUGUUCCGACAACAAAGUUGAAGCCUUUUAUAAGCUUCGACGAUAUAAAGGCCGCUCCUUUGUGCUGUUAUUUUGUUACUGAACAUGAUCAAAUCAUACACACAUGGAUUCUGAUGGUUCAAUACAGAUGAUUCGUA